ACGUUAGCCACAACUUGGAAGUCAAACAGACAAUGCGUAAGAGUUAGAUUUUUUUUCAUUAUUGAACAGGUGAAAUUGCAGAGAGAAUUAGCGUCAAAUGGCCGAAUCGAACCCAACAGAAUCAGCUCUACUAGCUUCAAAAAUAUGCAAUCAGAUAAGCUCCGUCUUCACCGCAAAAUCCCCAAAUCCAGCAGCACUAGACGUGCUGGUGCAAGAAAUCGCAGAUGCUGCUAACCGUAACGGCCGAGUAUUCCUAUACGGCGUGGGCCGUGAAGGAUUGAUGCUGAAAGCCCUAUCCAUGAGGCUUUUCCAUCUCGGUUUAUCAGCACACUGCGUCUUCGACAUGAACACUCCUCCAAUUGGUCCCUCCGACCUCCUAAUAUCCUCCGCCGGUCCAGGUGGUUUCUCCACCGUCGAUGCGAUCUCCGGAGUGGCCAAAUUUAAUGGCGCUCGUGUACUGUUGCUGACAGCUCAGCCUGAUUCGGGAUCUUCAAUGAAGUACGCGAGUGCUGUUGCUUAUAUUCCGGCUCAGACGAUGGCGGAUGAUAAUGCCGGAGACGGAGAGAAGGAACGGCCGCUGCUUCCGAUGGGUAGUGUAUACGAAGGAGCGAUGUUUGUGCUGUUUGAGAUGGUUGUUUUCAAAUUGGGUGAAAUUUUGAAGCAGAGUCCUGAAGCUGUGAGAGCACGCCAUACCAAUCUGGAGUAAGCAGAAGUUAACAUUUGUGUACUGUAUUUGGUUCUUCACUAAACUAGAUGUUAAUCUGCGUGCUUUAUGCUUAAUCUGUUUGAUUAUACUUACUGAAUUCAGUACUUUCGAC